GCAAGAUAUAUCCAAGUCGGAAGAAGAAUUUAUUGAAUAGGCAAAAACGAAGAAGAUUUUCUUGCAAAGGCAAAGACAUGAUGUACUUGGCAGCAGUGUUACUUUUGGCAUCCACUGCAUGCAUCGACGUGAUGGCGCAGAGUGGAGAAGAAGACAAUUUGAAAUCGAUUUCUUUCACUGGAAAAGUUCGUCUUCUGAAAGAGACUUUUACUUCAGAAUUGAACAAUCCACAGUCGCAGGUUUACAUGUCUCUGAAAGAUUCAUUUGAGGACGAAUUGGUUGGUGAAAUCAAGAGCGAAUUACAGAAGAAACGGUAUCCUUUCGCUAAGGUAACCGCCGAGGUCAAAAAUUUCACGAGUGGGAGUGUUAAUGUAGUUUUCAUUUUGGUGAUUGAUGGGACGUCCAUGACGGUUGGGCAACUGUUGGAAGCAGCAAGAAGUGCCACCGAGGAUUCUACUAUUGGGAAGUUCUCGUCUAGUCAAAUUGAAGAUUUGAAUGAAUGUCAGGAGACAUCAACAGAAUGCAGUGAAUUUGCUAAAUGUGUCAAUACUGUGGGCAGUUUUAUUUGUAACUGCUCUGCUGAAUAUUUCGACCAAUCAGACAACGGAACAAUAUGCGUUACUCCAGUAUCGGUGAAUUGCGAAUCCGACAAGAUGGAAAUGAGACUCAAAUAUAAAUACGCAAAAAGUCUAUCAAUUCGACUGAGUGAUCUUCGGUUACAGAACGAAAGUUGUGCCGGUUUUCUCAACUCUACGUCAAAUGAAUACGAAUUUGCCAUCACCAAAGAUUUAGCAAGUUGUGGGAGUAUUAGGAAGGACAAUACUACUCACGUGACUUACUCCAAUGUUCUCAGCAACAAACCGAAAUCAACAGCCAUUAUUAUGACAGGUUCCGAAUUGUCUAUUCCCUUUAGUUGUAGUUAUCCAAAGAAUAUCACAACUUCCAUGUCAUUCGAGGGCGAGGUAUCUUCGAUCAACAUUUCGUCAACUGCCGGUGAAGGAAAGUUUUUCGUCGAUCUCAAAAUGUACAAAUCAUCCUCAUUUGAAGUGGAAGAAAAGAAACGCGAGUUCAAGACAUCGGAUACUUUGUAUUUGCGAGCGGAAUUGAACUCUAAAGACACAAUCCUUGCCGUUGUACUUGACAGAUGUUGGGCAACACCAACUUCUACAAUCAAUGAUUCAAUACAUUAUGAUAUUAUCAAGGACGGGUGUAAAGAUGCAUCUGCUGUUAGAGGUACAGUUAAUGUAUUCAGUAACGGUGGCAUUGGCAAAUCAAGUUUCAGUGUUCAAGUUUUCAAAUUUGUUGAUGCCAGUACAACAUACAUUCAUUGUCGCAUAGUCGUUUGUUCCACUGCUGACGGAAAUUCUUGCAGACCAACUUGCGACAGCCGAAGAAGGCGUUCUAUUUAUAGCGAUUACUCUUACGUAUCGCUAUAUCGACAAAGGCGAGAAACUUCAGAAGAAACAAAAGUACAUAACAAGACUGUUGGGCCUCUCUAUCGUGUGGAAGAUGAAAUAAUAGACGUUCGAUUCUGGGCUGUCACAAUGUCCCUUGUGUUUCUACUCGUGGUGUCGCUGUGCAUCAUCGCAUGCCUCGCAAUUAAACGAAAUGCUGCACCAAUGAAAUCUGUCGUCGGGUUGAAAAUACAAAGCCUUGGAGAGGAUAAUUUCGGAUACGAAUGACACAAACAACAAAUGUCCUAAAUUUGCUUUCUGACUUUUACUUGUAACUUUGCAAACAUGUAAUUGAAGCAACUAUUGGCGACUCAGGUGACUUGUUACCAACCAAUACUUGUUUCAUACAUAUUCAUACUUGAAUUUCAAAUGCUCUCAUGUAUUAUGUCUGCUAAAAUAUAUGAGUGUGAUCAUUAUCAAGAUAGAAAACUUGAUUGGUUGGUUUCAGUGAUGCAGUGGGAAAUACAACCGCAGAUACCGGUUCAUUUUAUACGGUGGAGGUGUACUUGCUUUCGAAACAUAAGUCUUCGAAACCCUUGAACAUAGGCCUAAGUCGGAAAAUACUAUUUUUCUAACAAAACAACUAAUAAUUCUCUAUAAAGAUUAUAUUGCCUAUAAAAAGCAAUUACAUUUUAACAAUGUUCAGCCCCCCUGAAAAUCGAUCAGCAGUUAAUUCAUUCACUUUUCAUUUUUUUCACACGAAAUUCAAACAAUACAUGAAAACAACAAGUUCCGUUCAACUGAGCCAACUGGCAAUGAAUCAGCUCUGGGUAUAGAAUGGCGUCUUCGAAUCGCUGCCAGUAUAGUAUCGAUUACUAAAUAAACGCUAGAUUCGCCAUAACAACAACACCUCCGGCAUUCAUUUAAGACAGAAAGAAGAAUGGAUCGAAAAAGCUUUCAAUUUCACUGACGCUCCGUUUCCUAGACGCUGAAAACUGUUGACUGGGUGUUGUGAAUUUCAACACUUUAUCGCUAGCCUGUACGGUAUGAGAAAAUUUGAAACAGGUGCGUGGACAUGCAAUUCAAAAAAAAUUAUUCCCUCGCCAGAUGCGGAAGUAGACCGCCGGAGGAUUGAAGAUGUGGAUGGAUGUAAGUAAAAAAACGAUAUCACCGUAUUUGUUGUAGUAUCUUAUGGUAAGUUUUUCGAACACAUGUAUUACACCGAAAACAUUCUUAUUUCAGAUAGAAAUAGUAAUCGACUCAACUUUUUGUUGUUUUGUUUUAUGAAACUUUUACCGGGCUAUUGGCAGCCUUUUUACGUAACUGGUCGAUAUUGUUGAGCACUGAAGUAAACUUAUAGUAUAGUUAAGUGGAUUGAACCCGAAAAAGACUUGAUACGAAAUUUGAAUGAAUAUCAUAUACGAGACAACAAUACCUUGCAUCAAAUAUUCAUAACAAACAGAUUGAAAGUUAUUGUAAUGUACUUGCUUAUUAGUUCAAUACAAAACUAUUUUCAUGCAAUUUUUCAGCAAAACAGAUAUCAAAUUUAUCUCAAGUCUGCAAAUAUGUACAAUGAAUCAAACAAAGACCUAUAUAUGACAAAUAUCGAAGGAAUUCAAUUCUGUUUUUCCACUCUUACUUUUUAAUUAUCAGAUUUAACAAAAAACAUGUAAUUAUUUAAUUCUACAAUGCAAGAAAAAUAAAAAAAAAUAUCUCAAUUUUAUAUGGGUAUAUACAUGUGAUAGAUUAUGACAGAUUACGUGCAAUAGUGAAACGGUCUGAAACAAAUUUCAGUUCUAAACUACCUGAACAACAGGUUGAUAAAAAUAUACUAUAUACAUAUAGUUGUGAUGUCAUAUGUAUGCUACAGUGUUUUCUCGAAAAUAAGAUAGUGUCUUAUUUCAUUUUUCUUCCAAACACUAGGGCUUAUUUUGGGGUGAUUUCAUUUAUCAAAAACAAAAAUACAAAGUAGGGAAUUACAAGAUUUUCGAAUAUAUAUACAAAAUAUGAAAUCCGAUA